AUGUCCGACCCGACCAAAGACCGCCACCACUCCCCAACCAGCACCGGCAGCUUCAAAUCCGCGCUCUCGACCCUCAAACGCGCCGCCACAAACACCAGCAACAAGAGCAACCUCUCCUAUACGCCCGGCGACGACUCGAUCUUCAACAUCCCCCAAGACCCACUCCCGGACAACCCACGCGACCUCGAAGGCUUCCUGAACCGCCACCUCUCGGCCCUGGACCAGCUGCAACGCACCGUCGACGCCCGCAACCAGGAGAUCAAAGACUACUGCACCCGCGCCGCGUACUACUACAACCUGAAGCCACGCGUGUCGGGCCAAUUUCUCAAGCAGCUCGACGCGGAGAUCUACGUGCUGAGACAGCAGCGGAACGGGUUGCAGCCGCUCGUGCAGAUGAGACAUGACGAGAUUGUGCGCAUCGCGGACCAUCGCAAGAUGUUGGACGAGGAGAGGGGCCUCGAGUGCACUGUGUAUGAGAUGUACCUUGGGUUCCGCAAGUUGGGGGACUGGGAGGAGAGGUUCUCGAUCUAG